AUGAUCUAAAAAAAGUAAAUUAAAAAACUUAAACACAAAUUCAACAAUCGUACUCUAGCUUAACAUUACCCUCAAUUUAGAAAAUACAUUCAAAUAAGUAAUAAAGGUGAGACCAUUAUUGAUUAUAAAAAUCAAAAUGCACUUAAUGAAUUGAAUAAAUCUAUUAUGGAUUAUUAUUUUGGAAUCCGUGAAUUUACUGUUCCAUUAACUUAAAUGAUACCUGCAUUAGGAUGUCGCUUAAAUUAUAUUGAAUGGGUUAAAGAAUAAGUUGAUAAAUCUAAAUUUCCCAUCAUUAAAAUCUAUGAUGUUGGAACAGGUUUCUCAGGAGUGUUGAUUUUCUUAGCAUAUCGAUUAUAUGGUUGGAAAGGUAUUGGAGUAGAUACAUCAGAAUAAGCAAUUAAUCAUGCUUAAUCUAUUGCCUAAUUAAAUCAUAUUGAAUGUGAAUUUAAAGUAGGAGAUCUAUUUUAAUUCUUAUAAGAUGGUAUGGUAACAGUAUGCAAUCCUCCUUUUUAUGAUGACCAAGAGGAAAGAGAAUAUAAUAGAGUUAUUUAAAAUUAGGAAACAUUUGUAGAAGGAGGAGAAGUCUCAUUUGUAAAAAAAAUGAUUCAAAAUUCAAACAAAAAUUGCAUAUAUACAACUAUGCUUGGUAGAAAAUCUAGUCUAAAUUCAUUUCAAGAUAUUAAUGAAAAAACUGAAUUACAUUAAGGAAAUAAUAUAAGAUUUGCAUUAAGCUGGAAUUAACAAUAAGAAUAAUAAUAAUAAUUAAAUAAAUGA